CCACAAAGAUUCGACGUAGGAGCAGCUCACAUGAAGCUGGAGCCGGAGGAGGGCGUGUCCGCUGAGGAGCUGUUGUGGGAAAGCCAGCAAUAACAGAACAGGUUUGGCCGCAAAGUUAUCCCUGCCUGCCUGCAUCGGCAACACCUGUUCCUGCUGCUCCGUUAGUCCUGGCCCCAGGACCAGGGCGCCCCGCUUGUACACACGGGGAAGCGGAACCGGCUGGCAUGGCUGCGACCGCCACUCAGUCCCUGGGAAGUCUGCCAACCGGACUCGGGGUUUGUGUCACGGCACCGGAUAUGUUCUACUUGCCCGAACUGGUGACCGGCGGGCUGGUGUGGAUCCUGGUGGCAUCCACCCGCGUGGAGCCUCCCAAUCCUCUGGGCUGGGUGAUGUUUGUCUCCCUCUUCUGCUUCUCCACCACCCUCCUCUGGAUGCUCCUCUUCAUCGCCGGCUGUCACCACAGCAGCUCCAGCUGGGCCGCCGCUGACUUUGUCUAUCACGCUGUGGCCACCUUGUUCUACCUGAGUGCUGCAGUGUCUCUGGCCUACAUCACCUUCUUGAUGAAGUUAGGAUCCUUCAGGCUCUACAAGAUUGACAUCGCUGCUGUGGUGUUUGCAUUCACGGCCACACUCCUGUACUUCAUUCACGCCAUCUUGUCCUCUCUCAGAUGGAAACACUUCUGAAAAACAUUUGGUGUUACAUAUUUAAUAUGCAUUUGUUAUGUCAGCCAUUUAAACUCUUUUCUAUGAUCUUCAAAACAAAUUUGAAUGUUUUUGUUUCUAAGCCCAAUGAGAACAAAAUCAUUCAAAAGUUAAGUAAAAUGAUGAUUUUUGCCUUGAAGUAAAAAAAGAUCUUAUUUUAUAUUUGCCAUUUUUUUUGUGCAGUAAAAAAUUUAAUUAUUAUAUAUCAAUCAACAUUGUAUUUUAUCUAUAUUUUUUCAACCUUUCCAGACAUUUACUGCAAAUGUUUUUUUCUUCUUCCAUGUCACUCUGAAAAUGUCAAUUUUUUAUUUUCUUUGAAGUAGAAAUCUUAAAAACAGGAAAUUAGUGCUUUUUAAGUGUUUUGACAAUUAUGAAGUGGUGUGUGAAAGAUCAGUAAAGACAUUAAAUUCACUGUAAGAUGAAUUAUUUGAUUUAAUGAGCCGUGUGAGUACAUGUAAAAGGACAUGAUGUACAUAAUUGUAUUUCAGCGCCAAAACACGUGACCAGAAUGUAAUUACUAAAUUCUAAGGUCUCCACUGUAAGUAAGUCAUUCUCUGUCAUCGCGCUACCAAAUAGUGCGUUUUACGCCCGCCCAGACGGAGCGUUUGGACCCCUGCGAGGCUCGGACGUCGUCCCAGUUCAGACGGGUGUUGAGGAUCUCGUCCUCGGGUUCCGGCUGGGCUUUUGCGCCCAAUUUGGGGCUGGCCACCACUAUGGGCAGCGGGCCGCGCUCCUGGCGGAACUCCACCACGUGGAGCUGCUUCUUGUCCGCCAGCUUCUGGUGGGUUUCCUGCAAGGGGGGGCGGGACCUUGUAAAAAAUUGGGUUGUUCUCUAUUGAAUAUUACGCUGGUGUCCUCCUUGUAUCCUGUAGGAGUUCUGGGAUUUAUGUUGGACUGUAAAGUUUUGCAAAAUCAUCUAAUCUUACUUCAGUUUUCUUUGUUUAGCGCAAACAAACAUAGUAGAGGAAGGUCAAAACUACUUCCAAAUCAUUCACAUUACAGAUGACGCUCAGUUAUGAGAAAUGUAUAGAACAUUUAUAUUGCUACAACAUCCCAAAAGCUAAAAAUCAUGUUUUUAAAUUAGUUUGCUGCAUUAAAAAAUAU